AGUAGCUGAGGACGUCUCGAGUCGGCCGACAUCUUGGCAGUCGUUUGCUGAAAUUUAAAUCACAAGGACUUCUCCGCGAUAAUAUAAAUCAUGAACGGGGGAAAAUUGAUUUUUCUGAGUUUGUCGCUCGUCGUUUUGCUGCAGAUGAAUCGAUUUGUAUCUUCGAGUGAUUCGAGUAAUGCUCUAUCCACGUUCAGGACUCUUGUUUUUCCACAGUCGGUGACAUCUAAUACAAACAGAAUCACAGAUCUGUUCAACAUUCGCCCGGUGUCUGAGGCGAAAACGUAUAACAUCUUACCGUCUUUUCUUUUGUCGUCCAAUACUCCUUCCAGUAAUCCAACUGCUGGUAAUCCGACAAAUGAUAAUAAUUCAUCAAAUAGUGCAAAUACAAGUCCCGUUUGAAACGAGCGACGUGUAAA